ACUUGAUCAUCAAGUUUAGUAGUUUACUUUAGCAUCAUUCUCCACUCUCUCUCUCUCUCUCUCUCUCCCUCUCCCUAGAAAUGGCACUAGCCAAGGAUAUUAGAAUGCCUACUCCUCAUGACUCAUGCACUCAUGAUUCCCUUCAAGUUUCAGAUCUUUCGAAUGGAUUUGUGUUUAGAGCCCCAUCUAGUUACCAACCUGAUCAGCUUAUUAACUUCAAAAGUGGGUACUACAACAGUGGUGAAUCUCUGCUUAGUUUUGAUAAAAACAAGCAGAAUUCUCAAAGCAUUUACUUGAACAGUAGUGCCAGCAAAGAUAACUGCGACAGUGAUUUGCAUCAUGGUAGUUACAGCCAGUGGAAUCAGACGACUGGCAUCGGCGAUCAUAGCCUUUUGGGGGAUUUGAAUUGGUUUCAGACGGCUAGCAAUUACAGCAGCUCCAUCCACAGCAUAUCAAAAGAAGACCAUGGAGAUCAUGAGGCUUAUGGAUGGACAUACUCUGAGGCAACUGAUUACUUCCAGCAAUCAGACGAGCAAGAAGCAGGCUUUCACAAGCGUCCCAUUACGGGAGAGAGCAUGCAACCUUCAAAGAAGCAAUGCACUAGUGCAACUAAGAAGCCCAAACCCAAGUCAUCGACAAGUGCUUCAAAGGACCCCCAAAGUAUUGCAGCCAAGAAUCGACGAGAGCGGAUUAGCGAGCGGCUUAAGAUACUGCAAGAACUGGUUCCUAAUGGCUGCAAGGUUGAUUUGGUGACCAUGUUAGAGAAAGCGAUCAGUUAUGUUAAAUUUCUUCAAUUGCAAGUCAAGGUGUUGGCAACUGAUGAAUUUUGGCCGGUUCAAGGUGGGAAAGCUCCUGAUAUUUCUCAAGUGAAGGAAGCCAUUGAUGCCAUCCUCUCAUCUUCUCAGAGAGACACAAGUUCAAGCUCGAAGUAAUCGUUGAUUAGUACUUGAAAAUGAUGCAUAAUUAAGCUAGAAAAAUAUAUAAAAAUAAAAACAAGAGCAACUAUAUAUGUAGGCAAAGGAAAAGCGUUGCCAUACAAGGAAGUUGGCAAUGAAUUAAGAAUUAUAACCUGUAUUUUUGCUUUAAUUAUGAAAUGUUGUGAUCUAA